CUGGUGGUUGCCCAAGCCAGGAUUCUUCCUGAGGCCACUGGGUACUUCCCUCUGGCUUGGCAAGUGGUUUCGGCCUACGACAGCAGCAGGCUGCUGGGCAGCCAGCGGCCAGGCUACGGGACACUGCAGCCGGGAGCCGCUCCAUCCCGCAUGGAGGUGACAGGCUACCAGACCACGACGUGGCGGGUGGCCCUGUGCCACGCGGGCUCCGUGCUGACAGCAGGGCUGCUCCUCGUCCUCUUCCACUGGAAGCCAAGCCUGGAGGUGCAGGCCAAGUGCAAACCCUGUGCCCUUGGCCAGGCUGACUGGGUUAUCAUCAGAGUGAGUGACCGAUUUGGACAGUGCUUUACCACCAAGGUGCACACAGAGGCAUUGGGCGAGGGCAGCUUGGAGCAUCACCCUGGGGUCAGGCUGGAAGACCGGAGGACCAGCAUUGCCAUCGGCGUGUCGGAUGAGGAGGAGAGCCGCGACACCAUCCGGCUCCAUGAGAAGGAAGAGAAGAACAUCCUGAGGUAUUACCUGUUCGAGGGGAUGCGCUACGUCUGGCUGGAGCGGCGGCAGGCGUACUGCAAAGUCAGUGUCUUGGAUGAAGGUUGGACCUGCGCAGAUCUCCACCUCUCUCAGGCUGGGCUGGACCAGCAAGACCACAACACCAGAAGGAAGAUCUAUGGCCCAAACCUCAUCGAGGUGCCAGUCAAGUCCUAUGCAAGGCUCUUGGUGGAGGAGGUGCUCAAUCCCUUCUACAUCUUCCAAGUGUUCAGCAUUGUGCUGUGGGUCUGUGAUGCCUACUACUACUAUGCAGCCUGUAUCUUCCUCAUCUCCACCAUCUCCUUGGGACUGUCCCUCUACGAGACAAGGAAGCAAAGCACCACACUGCAAAACAUGGCCAAGAUGUCAGUGGGUGUCAGAGUCCAUCGCCCCAGUGGAGAGGAGAUGGUGGUGAGCUCUGCAGAGCUGGUGCCAGGUGACUGCAUCAGCCUCCCCACGGACGGGAUGCUGGUCCCUUGCGACGCGGCGCUGCUGACGGGCGAGUGCAUGGUCAAUGAGAGCAUGCUGACAGGGGAGAGUGUGCCAGUGAUGAAGACUCCUCUCCCAGCUGGUGGCCAAGCAGCCAGCACUGUCUAUUCUCCCGAGGAGCACCGAAGGCACACCUUGUUCUGUGGGACACAGGUCAUCCAAGCCAAGUCCUACGUAGGUGGAGAAGUGCUGGCUGUGGUGACCCGCACAGGGUUUUGCACAGCCAAAGGGGAUCUCAUCAGCUCUAUCCUCUACCCUAAGCCUGUGAGUUUCAAGUUCUACAAGGAUGCUGUGAAGUUUGUCAUGUUCCUUGCCAUCCUGGCUUUCAUCGGCACCAUCUACAGCAUCCUCAUCUUGGUUAAAAACCAGGUCCCUGUGGAACAAAUCAUCAUCCGUGCCCUCGACCUCAUCACCGUCAUCGUGCCACCAGCUCUCCCAGCUGCCAUGACUGUGGGCACCAUCUAUGCCCAGAACAGGCUGAAAAAACAGGGAAUCUUCUGUAUCAGCCCUCCCCGCAUCAACCUCUGCGGGAAGAUCCGCCUGGUUUGCUUCGACAAGACAGGAACGCUGACAGAGGAAGGUUUGGAUGUCUGGGGAGUGGUUCCACUGGAGAACAAUCACUUCAUGCCCAUUGUCCAUGAGCCUCGUUGUCUGCCUGCGGGGCCCUUGCUCUACUCCCUGGCCACCUGCCACACCGUCUCGCUGCUGCGGGGACAGCUCAUCGGGGACCCUGUGGACCUCAAGAUGAUGGAGUCCACUGGAUGGCGGCUGGAGAUGAUGGAGGAGGAGGAAGGUGGGCUGCCUGCCUUCCAGCAGUUUGGGAUGAAGGUCUUGGCUGUGAUGAAACCUCCACCUGAAGAAGAACAACCACGAGACAGGAAGCACCAGUCACCCUUGGGGAUCCUCCGGCGUUUCCCCUUCUCCUCCUCCUUCCAGAGGAUGAGUGUCCUGGUGAAGCUGCCUGGAGAAGCCUUCACCCAUGUCUACGUCAAAGGUGCCCCAGAGAUGGUGGCCAGCCUUUGCAGGAAGGACACUGUGCCCAUGGAUUUCUCCCAGAUGCUGCGGCACUACACCACGGAUGGUUUCCGAGUCUUGGGUCUGGCUUGCAAACCCCUGAGCAUGGUGACCACCUUUGAGGAGGCCCUGCAGCUUCCCAGGGACUCUGUGGAGAGCAGCUUGACCUUCCUGGGGUUCCUGGUCAUGAAAAACGUCCUCAAACCAGAGUCUGCUCCCGUGAUUCACCUCCUGAGGAACGCCAACAUCCGCCCUGUCAUGGUGACAGGAGACAACAUGCUGACAGCCAUGAACGUGGCCAGGAGCUGCCGCAUGGUGGAGCCGAAGGAGCGAGUGAUCUUCGUCACCGCCUCCCCACCCGGCCACGACAAACCUGCUGCUCUCAAAUUCGUCCUGGCUGAGCACUCCCAGGGCGAGGAGCAGCCCGAGCAGAGGGACAGCUGCUUCCUCCCACCCCAGCCCUGCCACUUUGCCCUCAAUGGAAAAUCCUUCCAAGUGGUUUGUGAGCACUUUGCUGACCUCCUGCCCAAGAUCCUCGUCCGAGCCACCGUGUUCGCCCGCAUGUUGCCUGACCAGAAGACUCAGCUGGUGUGCAGCCUGCAGGAGCUCAACUACUGCGUGGGGAUGUGUGGGGACGGGGCCAACGACUGUGGGGCGCUCAGGGCGGCCGACGUGGGCAUCUCGCUGUCCGAGGCCGAGGCGUCGGUGGCUUCGCCGUUCACCUCCCGCGUGGCCAACAUUGAGUGCGUGCCCAGGGUCAUCCGGGAGGGCAGGUGCUCACUGGUCACCUCCUUUGGUGUCUUCAAGUACAUGGCUCUGUACAGCUUGGUGCAGUUUGUGUCUGUCCUUCUGCUCUAUACAAUCAACACCAACCUGAGUGAUUUCCAGUUCCUCUUUUUCGACCUGAUCAUCACAACCACCGUGGCUGUGCUGAUGGGUCGCACUGGUCCUGCCCAGGAGCUGGGAGUGGAGCGUCCCCAAGGGGCAUUGAUCAGUGUCCUGGUGCUGGGCAGCCUCCUCCUGCAGACAGCUUUGCUCAUCACUGUGCAAGUCCUCAGCUACUUCAUCACUGUCUCACAGACCUGGUAUGUGCCACUGAACAGCACGGUGACAGCCCCCCAAAAUCUGCCCAACUAUGAGAACACUGUCCUCUUCUGUGUCACGGGCUUCCAGUACCUCAUCCUGGCCGUCGCCAUGUCCAAGGGGUACCCGUUCCGGGAGCCACUCUACACCAACGUGCUCUUCUUGCUAGUCCUCAUCCUCCUCUUCGGCCUCAUGAUCUGGUUGACCCUCUACCCACUGGGCUUCCCCAAAACCCUCCUGAAGCUUCACAGUAUCGAGGACUUGAAUUUCAAGCUGCUGCUCUUGGGGAUUGCUGCCCUCAACUUCUUCGCUGCCUUCGUGCUGGAGACCGCCCUGGACCAUGGUUUGCUCAGCUGCUUCCGCAAGCUGCGCCGGAAAAAAGCAUCCAAGAAGCUUUUCAAGAGGCUGGAGAAGGAGCUGAACCAGCAGCAGCCAUCCUGGCCCCCCCUUAAUGAGCCACUCUUUGCCACCCCCAGGAUGUCCAUCGCUGUCAGAUAG